AUGAUUAACUGUGUUGAUGUAUUGGACCUCUCAUGGGUGAAGGACGACACAGAGAGAGGGCUCUUCACCCACGUCCAGGUGUACAAGCAGAGUACCGGCGUGAUGAAGAGGCGACGGGUGAUGAAGUCAGACCGGAUGUGGUUCUACCCUCCUGAACCUCCAGGGUACGUUAGUGGCGCUGUGCCAUCUCCAAACCUCUUCUUUCGGAGUCGUAUCUUGGUCUGGCGGCCUGUUGGGGUAUGGAGAUACUCGCUGAAGUGCCCCCGUGGUGAAGAAUGCGUGGGUAGAGGAAAGGACGUUCACCUCUACAAGUCUGGCUACCACACCAAGGUUUGUCACAUCUGCGACGUGUCCAAUUGGUACACCAUUUUGACGGAGGUCCUUUGCUGUGGACCAUGCACUAAAGCAGGCAGGAAAGGUGAAGGUGGAAAGGUUGGUCGUUGGUUAGCAUGGGAUAAUGCUAUCCUCUGCCAACUCAGCAAGGCUCACCAAGCCAUGUUCCCAGCCAUUCUCACAUUUAGACGUGGUGUGGACAAGAACGUUGUGCGGCUUUUGAGGGACCGGACCGAGGGUAACACCAUGACCAAAGUGUGGCGGCAGAUUCAAGAGAACCACGUGGAAGACUAUCUCCACAGGAAGGAUCUGUAUACCACCCUCCUGAUGACUCUGGUAAAGCCUGGGGGGAUCGUGUCAGCCUUGGGGCACACGUUUGAGGCUCCACCUCCUCAAAGAGAGCUUCCCUUUGCUCGUCUGCUCCGUCAUGCCUUCCUGCUGGCAGAGGCCAACAAUGUACAGGAUUAUAGGACCCAGAUUCUCUCCACAUUUGGCACUGUGCUUUAA